AUGGUCGCUCCUUCUGUGUCUGUACAUACGACGCUAGCCGACAUUUUUCUUAGCAGGAUUCCGGAAAGCGAACGUUACUCUGCCGUUCGGGACCUUGCCUCCAAUAUCGACAAUAACACUCUUGGACUUGUUGCUGCACUUGCUCAUCAAUGUCCAGACGAGGAGGCAAAUGUUCAUCUCAAUGAAUUUUUGAUCAGAUCAAUCGAACAAGAUGAUGCUUCGUCGGCCGCAGCCCUCUGUGUUGAAUAUCCAAGGAUCCGAAAUGCUUUAUUGCACUGGACAGAUCGCGAACUCCAUAUCUGUUUCUCACAGCUUCUCCGUCAACCAAAGAAUGCAGAGUUUGUGGUGCCGGUUGAUCAGGUCUUGAUCGUGGACCCCUUUGUAUCACACUACGACCCCGAGCUUGGGGUUGAUCGCGAAUUGGACGAGCUCGUACAAACGACUAUUUUAUAUUUGAGCUUCGCGAAACAACUUUUCAGAAGUCCGAUCCUUGACAAAUCUUUUGUCGUCUCGAGUCCGAUAGUAUGUGCCAUCUUUGGUCUCCUCGCUGCAUCAAAUCCGGAUGUCGCAGCUGCAGCUAAGGAUACUAUUCUUGCCUUCCUGGCCUCAUUCAAAGCUGGCACCUUUACAUUCUCACAUUUCAAAUCGGAUCCGGACGAACUCGACAGGCACCUUUGGCAGUGCAUCCGAAACUUGCUCGAUUUCAGCGAGAGGAGCUCGUAUAAGACCACUGCCUAUACCAUCUGGCUGAGGUGGUUGGAUCUGGACAGUCAUGGUUACUCACGUCAGGUAGCUCUGCAAAAAGAUCCAUACUGGAAAUAUUUGCUCGGAACACUUGGUCAGUCAUCUCAAGGCGACACUGAGCAAAGGAAAAUCUGUCUUCAUGUUCUCAAGAAGUCCAUCGCUAUCUCCCGCAACAACAUCCGCGCCAAUGACAUGGACUUGACAUUGGACAAGCAAGACAAGCCAGGCUCCAUGAUUGCUGAAUCGCAGUAUGCAAGAUUCUGCACUGUUUACGAAACUAUCGUCAUUGGCAGAUAUCUCAACCAGGCACUGGAGUGCGUGCAGGAUUUGGACCACCUUGCUUCUGCUNNGGAAACCAUGGUCCAGAAAUCAUGGCUNUUUGCUCUUCUCGAAUCAGCACUUUCUCCGGUUACUCAAGACAGUAUGCGCAAGAUGCUGGGAAACUGGCUCAUGAGCACCGACAUUAGGCUAUUCAGCCAUGCUGAAGAGUUUGCAACAUUGUUGCAGAAAUCAUUUCUACCUUGGGCCACUCAAGGCCCCUUGUUCACAGGUAGUGUUCAAGGGAAAACCAGAGAUAUGAUAUGUGCUCAUGGAACAAGACUAUCGAAUUUCCUGGAACGACUCCUUCAGGGCCAUCUUGACCGCGACGAUGUCUAUUCCAGAAAAUGCAUUGUCAAUGCUGUUCUUGUCUAUCUGGACACCAACAAGAACAAGAUUGUUCCUGUAGCAGUGAUCUAUCUCCUCCAAGGUCUUGCCAAGGGUCUACGAGGAGAGUCUACCGCCUGUAUGGAAGGUGAAGCAUUGGAGUUGAUACUCAGUUUGUCACGAGUCACUGGCUACCCCGAGGUUGCGCGCGAUGCUAUGCUCGUACAAUGCUACAAACUCUCUCAAUUGGUCAGCCAGGAUGCGGAGACAUACGGAGAACACGGUACGGCGAAGUUGACUGCAUCUGACGCCAAGCUGGAGGUUUUAUCUCAGCAGAUCAAAGCGUUCAAAAUCAACGCGCCCUCAAGGUUCGAAUCAAACGAGAAAAGGUCUGCAAGAUGGACGUCGCUUGAUGUUUUCUUGGACGAACUCGAAAGUACCCAACAUACCAGCAUCCAGGGUUCUGGGUUGCUGAUGGCGUGCGAGUCAUUGACUUCCAUUUUCGACAGAGCUGGCAGCGGUGAUCUAGAUGCUCAAAAGCUGGAUCGCGCCUUUGAUGCUGUCUGGAACGAGGUCGAGAGACAAGAUUACCCGAGAGACGUUCUCAUGUUCCUGCCACGUCUAGCAUUGCAUCCUGGCUGUGUCAGUCGUUGUCUGGAGGAUGAGUCGUUUUGCGCCACGAUCUUGGAAGUCUUUACGCAACUGCAGCGCCUGAUGAAGGGCAGAAUAUAUCUGUGGACACCCAUAAUGAAAGCCUACAGGACAGCCAUGAUCACAUGUCCUGCUUCUGCUGAAAAGUUCGGCUUGGACGAAUUUGUCAUCCAGACUGCAAACAAUCUUCCUGCUGCAAGACUUGAGUUCAAGCUGGAGGCUGCAGCUAUCCAGCUAUUGACUGAGGAUGGAGACAUUCACCGAAGCUACAGCGACUACUACGGAGAAUACGAAGAGGUUGGACAUGCUGCCUUCUUCGAUCUUGUCAAUCGUCUCGACAACAUGAACUCGCCGAUGGUCAGUGAUAUAUACGACCGUCUACUCAAGCCGUGGACAAAACAAAGACCUCCUGUCCCUAUCGUUACAAAGUGGAAGAGCACUACACAGCUCCAAGUCAUGCUUAUGCUUUCGGAACAACGUCUCCAGAAAAUCACUGCUAAAGAAGCGGAAGAUCAGCUUCGAGUGCUGCUGAGAGUGGUCGCCAUCGAGCCGCUGCCGAGAUAUCGCUUCUUGCUAGAAUGGAUCAUCUCCCGCGUCAUUCUUAAUCAUCAUUCAACAGGCGAGCUUGUCCUCGAUGCACUCUCAUCGAAAGACCACCAUUCGAAUCCCAAAUACCUUGGAACUCUCGUCAAGAUUGCCUUGAUGAUUGCUUGUCAAGAAAACUGCUCUCGAGACUUUGCAGCAAGAGUAGCAUAUCGUCUUGUAGCACUCGCGUCAAGUGCAAAGAUCAUCAUCCGUCACGAAGCACAGUGGUCAUUCCCAAUCUUGUGGGAUUAUGCUGAAAGUAGGGGCUGGACAGAGAUCCAAUCCAACCCCGCUUGUGCUGCCUUGAAUGAGUACAUCCGCAGUCUCGAAAGAUUUUCGGAACCGCCGCCAGCAAGAGAACUUGAACGUCUUGACCCUUCUGCUGACAACACACUCACGAACUUGCUCCAGGGCAAGUACCUUCGUGUCGAACCGCCAGGUGAAGAAUCUAUUGUGACUGGUGAUUUCCAACGCCUGUGGGANAAAGACACAACAGCAAAAUCGACAAAUGAAGCCCUCCCUCUGGGUCCCCAAUCAUCCACACCAACACAAUUUGGCACCCUUCCCGCUCAAGCGACACAAGAGCAAUCCAAGGAGUCAGCACGCACAGAGGCCUUUGCUGCACUACAAACAAAAGGAACAGCAUACCUGUCCGCGGAUCUGUCGUCCUCAGACUCGUCCACAACCACAACCACGCGCCCUACCUCCCUGAUCGUCGUCGGCUCUCUCGUCGACAACGCAUACAACCUCGGCGGUCUCUCCCGCAUCAGCGAAAUCUUCGGCGCAGAGGCCAUGUACAUCCAAUCCCCACACUCCGUGCUCGCAAACAAAGACUUUGUUUCCGUAGCCGUGGCCUCGCAUAACCAUCUGCCCAUCCACGAUCUCCACUCUGACAACUUGUCUGCCUUNUUGACUGACAANAAGAUGCAGGGAUAUACUGUUGUGGGUGUUGAACAGACUGACCGUAGUGUCUUGCUGGGCUCUGAACAGUGCAAGUUGCCGGAAAAGACUUUGCUUGUUAUGGGAAGGGAAAGGGAAGGUGUGCCGGCGAGUGUGCUUGGUGAGUGUGAUAUGCUGGUGGAGAUUCCGCAGAAGGGCGUUACUAGGAGUAUGAAUGUGCAGACGGCGGCUGGUGUGGUGCUUUUCGAGUAUGCUAGACAGCAUCAGGGAUAA